GCUGCAAGGACGGUAAAAGCCGAAGCCCAAACUGUAAACCCUGGUUCUAAACCAAUCGGUAAAAUUCCUCAAGGCUUAAAAAUGGCGACGGAAUCGUCUAUACGCGCGCUCACCGAGACACUUUGGUAUGCUUGAUUUUCCCGCCACAUGAUCAUACGCGAGGAGUUGGAACUCAGAAAGAGAAACGAAGAAGAAUUGGGAAAUUAGGGUUUCAGUUGUUUGUUUCUGUUGCUCUCAAGAGUCGAUAAUGUCAAACGCUGCUGAAGAUUUGUCCCAAUUCGAUGUCUCCGUGGAGGAAAAGGACAAGCUUGUUGCGGAAGUAAUCCGGUAUGUGCUAUUCAAAACCCAUCAAAACGCAGGGUGUCCAAUUAAGAGGGAAGAGCUCACUCAGAUCGUCACCAAAAACUAUCGAAAUCGGUUUCUUCCUAGCCUCAUCAUCAAUGAGGCUAUUCAGAAACUGUCCAGCAUUUUUGGAUACGAGAUGAGAGAGCUUCAACGUUCUCGUCCUUCUUCUACAACUCUGGGCCGCUCUUCCCAGCAUAUUGUGGCAGAUCCGAAAUCCUAUGUUCUCAUUAGUCAGCUUCCAGCUGAUGUGUAUAGAAAAUAUGUUGAUGAUGUAAAUACAGCUCAUACUACCGGUUUUACUUUUGUUGUUGUUGGUAUUGUACAUCUUGCUGGUGGCAAAGUCUCUGAAGAAAACCUUUGGCAUCAUUUGAGGCGGAUGGGAUUGGUUGAAACUGAUGAAAACCACCCAGUCCUUGGAAACAUCAAGCAGGCAUUGGAGGCACUUGUCCAGCAAAGAUAUUUGCAGAAAGACAAAGUAAGUGGACCUGAAGGCAAUACUACGUUUUAUGAGCUUGCUGAGAGGGCUUUGGAUGGACCUGUCAGUGAGAAGAUUAAAGAACAUAUAUCUCAGAUUGUUAACAAAGAUGUUACCUAUGUGGAUGCUGACUAGCGUGCAGUUUGCUAACUUCUAGCUAACUUAUUGAGAUGGCUGAUUUUGGAGUUUUUGCUCUAUGAUGUGUGAACUGGCAAAUAGUAAAUAUUAGAGCCUAUAGGAGGCGGAUUGCUUGAGGCACCGGCUGACAUGAGCCAGUCGUUGGCAACUAGCCCUAUUGUUCUAUACUUAUCGGCUGCUUUAGGAAUCUAAUUUGCUUGAAAUUUUUAUUAUAUAAUUUCCAUAAUUAGAUUUAUCAUAUAAACCAAACAA